AUGAUCCUUAAUAGAAAUCAAAUUCAACAGUUUGGGAGCAUACCGUGGACCGUCCUAGAAAAUGUGCGUUUGGAAUCGGAACUAAAGACAAUUUUUGCAAAAUCUCAAUUCGACAUGGUAAUGGGCAAAUAUUCCUUACUUUUAACCGACUUGUGCAGUGUGUGGUUUGAAGAGUUAGACAUGAUGGGAAUAAAAGAACGGGGAAAGGAAGUUACUUGUGGAUUGGACGUAGAACAAGAAGAGAGAUUAAGCAGAUUAAUUGAGCAUUUAAAGAGUUUUAUACAGCAUAGACAGAGCCGUGUCAUGUACACUGCUGAAAAUAAGGAUGGCAAGUUUAACUUGAGAGCAGUUCUCGAGUUAGAUAUGGCAGCCAUUCAAUGGGUAUUCGCUUGUGAAUUGGUACAAUCCCACGGACCUGCGUCUGAAACACAUGUUGACGGAAGCACCAUUAUUUAUGAGCAUUAUAUUCUUCCAAUGACGACACUGACAUUAUCAUAUAAGAGACAAACAAGUACGUUAGAACGGAUUAUUGAAGAUAAGGAAAAGGAGAUCAACGAAGCUGUUGAUAUGAUGAAGACGGCGGGAUUGGCAAUAAAUGCACGAAAACGCAGAACAGCCCCGUUCAACGCAAAUGAAACGACCGAAUCAGAGCAAAAGAAAACACUGGAUACACUUAAACAAUUUCAACCAUCCCAAGUACUUUCCAACCCAGAAACAGUCGUCUUUUUCAAAAAAGUAACGGAAGGCUUGCUCUCACUGCCCAAGGCGUCUGUUACCCGGAAAUUGACGGCGGCGGCGACGGCGACGACAUCAUCAUUAUCACAAUCGUCAUUGUCAGCUACAGCGAAAAUAUCGCCAGUAGCCAAGAAAAGUCGGACGGCAGAUAUUGAUCCAGAGGUAUGA